UGUAAUCUACCCUAUUAUAAACGCGGUGCGUCGCAUCCCAGACACAUGUGAGUGGGGCUGUCUAAGGAAUGAUGUCAGUCACGAUCUACAGUUUGGUUUGGAUUGUUAUUCCGAAUCUGAUGACAUCACUGUGUCACCCACAACAUUCCGACAUUGAGAAAUGUAACAUUCACCACGAAGCCAAUGAAACAACAGUGGACUGUUCACGUCGUGGUUUCAACCGAGUUCCACAAGGAGUUCCACGAAACACAACAGUCCUUAAUAUGGGUAACAACAAUUUAUCAAACCUCAGGAAAGGAUCACUCCCUAACCUUCCUUCAUUACAUACACUGCUCGCGAAUGAUAACAACAUAGAGUUUCUGGAGGAAGGUGCUCUGCAAAGCCUGCCUGUCCUUCAGCAGCUAAAUUUGGAUGGGAACAAAUUGAACUUUUCUUAUUUCUCUCUUCCUCUUGGGACAUUCCAAAACCUGACAUCUCUGACAACACUCCAUGUGAGCAGAAUGAGGAUGCCGUUUACUUCAUUGACAUAUCCCGAUGCUACAUUUGCUGAUCUUCACCACCUCGAGUCACUGGUUAUUGACGGGGCUGGAGAACCGGUGUUUGGACCUGGCUUUGCACAGAUGAGGAGGCUGAAGAGUCUCAGUUUUGGAUCACAAUGCCUUAUCAGACGUUUGGGGAAAAACUCAUUUGUCAACUUCAGGGAAGCACCUGUCAGGGAUCUGUCAUUGUCAGCAUGUAGCAUUCUUAUUUUUCUGGACGCCAAUGUCUUUUUUCCUCUUCAUAAACUGAAGUUCCUGUUUGCAAGAGACACUGCUCCCUUUGGCCUGUAUGAGUCUUUCCUAAGCUUACAAGGACUCAGUGGAAGGAACAUGACCGAAAUAGACUUUUCACUUGUGCGUACAUAUCCUGUCUCUGUUCAAGGUGUUAUGAAGAACCAAAGUCUCGUGCUCACGUCUGAGAUGACACGUUACCUUAAGACUAUGUGUGUUGAGCGACUGAUUCUAAGGAAUAAUUACAUCGUGGUCAUUGAAACUGGCGUGUUAUUGCAGGAACCGUUUCAAAGUUGUAUAAAAUAUCUUGACAUCAGCUACAAUUCUAUAAAAGGAGUGCCCAGAACUACUGGCACCAUCAAUCCAUAG